AUGUCGACUUCAAGCUUCAGCUUCACGCAGGAGCAGGUGGUAUGUGUGUGUGAGGUCCUUCAGCAGGGUGGAGAUCUCGAGCGUCUUGGUCGCUUUCUGUGGUCACUUCCAGCAUGCGACCGCCUGCACAAGAACGAGUCAGUGCUCCAGGCCAAAGCAGCGGUGGCUUUCCACCGGGAAGACUUCCGAGAGCUCUACCGGAUCCUCGAGAGCCACCAGUUCUCCGCGCAGCACCACGCCGGGCUGCAGCAGCUGUGGCUAAGGGCGCACUACGCUGAGGCCGAGAGGCUGCGGGGGCGUCCGCUUGGUGCCGUGGGCAAGUACCGCGUGCGCCGGAAGUUCCCGCUGCCGCGCACCAUCUGGGAUGGAGAGGAGACGAGCUACUGUUUCAAGGAAAAGUCGCGCUCCGUGCUGCGGGACUGGUACACACACAGCCCGUAUCCGUCCCCGCGCGAGAAGCGGCAGCUGGCUGACGCCACCGGACUGAGCAACACACAGGUCAGCAACUGGUUCAAGAACCGGAGACAGAGAGACCGAGCCGCCGAGGCCAAGCACAGACACAGUGAGGAUCUCUGCACUAAUAAACCACUUCUGCUCUGCAGCUCUGAGGAGGAAGAUGAAGAGCUCUCUCCGCUACGAUGCCCCGUCCCCAGACCUGCCCCAAGCCCCACCCUUCGGCUGCUUCACCAAGGGAACCCGGACCCACACGGUACUCAGACUUGGUACACGCAUGAGCCGCUGCUGAAAACCUGAACACAGAACCGGGACCUUCAAUAUUAUUAUUACUAU